CAUUGCUGAAUCCCACCUGGCGGGCCUCCUGGGGCUGAUGCGGGGUGGGGGGGGGGGUCGGAUUGAAAUGACCCCUUUAUUUCACUCUUCAUUCAUCGGGGACUGAUGCAGCCAGGCACUGUUCCCGUUCUGGGGACACAGCAGUGAUUAAAGCAGACAGAAACACCUGCUCUCAUGGGGGGGGAGGCGCAGAUCCUGGGGGAUGCAGGAGACAAAGAUUAAACAGGAGCCAAGGGUAUAGGAUGCCAGGGGGUGGUGGUGGUAGCUGCUAGGGGAGAAAAACUCAUUCAUUCAUUCCUUUUAUUCAGCAAAUCUUUACUGAGUACCUAUGCAAAAAGGGGGCUUCUGGCAGAGGCUGGGGGUGCUAGUCAUUUUUGACUCAUAGGAGCAUGGAGAGGGUGUAACAGCUACCAGACACCCCAGAUGUCCCUCAGUGGAUGAAUGGAUAAAUGCAGUGUGGUCCAUCCAAACAGUGGAAUAUUAUCCAGCCUUCAAAAGGAGUGACUAUAUGCAGUUUAUCGUAUGUCAAUUACAUCCCAAUAAAAAUUCUUAAAAAAAGAAAAAAAGGAGUGAAACACUGACCCACGCUGCAACAUGGAUGGACUUUGAAAACACAAUGCUCAGUGAGAGAAACCAGACCCAAGAGACCAAACAGUAUGUGACUCCAGCUAUAGGAAACGUCCAGAACAGACAAAUCCACAGAGGCCGAGAGUGGUUCAGCAACGUCACCUUCUUCAUCUUUGGGCCUCUCAUGAUGUUUCUGAUGAACGCGUAUGUCCAGAAACGCUCCCGCUACAUUUAUAUCAUCUUCAUCCUCUUCACAGUCGUAGGCCUGUUCUCUAUGUACUUUCACAUGACACUCAGCUUCCUGGGCCAGAUGCUGGACGAGAUCUCUAUCCUGUGGCUGCUGGCCGGUGGCUACAGCAUAUGGCUGCCCCGCUGCUACUUUCCCACCUUCCUAAGGAAGAACAGGCCCCAGUACAUCUGUCUGGUCAUCACCACCACCGUGGUCAUUACCUUCCUGUCCUUCCUGAGACCCACGAUCAACGCGUACGCCCUCAACACCAUUUCCCUGCACGUCGUCUACAUCGUGGUCAAGGAAUAUAAGAAGGCCAGUAAUAAGGAUCUUCGGCAUCUAAUCGAGGUCGCUGUGGUUUUAUGGGCUUUUGCAUUUACUAGCUGGAUCAGUGACCGCUUUCUUUGCAGUUUCUGGCAGUGGAUCAACUUCUCCUACCUGCACAGCAUCUGGCAUGUACUCAUCAGCAUCACCUUCCCCUACGGCAUUGUCACCAUGGCCAUGGUGGAUGCCUUGUAUGAGAUGCCAGACAAAACUGUCAAAGUCUGCUACUGGCCUCGGGACACUUGGCCCGUGGGACUGCCCUACUUGGAGAUCAGUGAUGACAACAAAAGCUGCUGAGGUCUGCCGGCUUCUUGAUCACCCAGCCACCUGCGCACCUGCGUCCUGAGGAUAGCAACCUGAAUCGGGAGACUGAGAGACACUCACAGUUCCGUCCUCCAGCUCCCUUCCCCCAUCCUCUUGGUCCUCUGUGGCCCCAUCCCAAGUCAGGGAAUGGACUUCACAACCUCUCUGUGCUGUAGCCUGAUGACCCUGAGGGGCUGCCUGGAAGAGCUCCCCUCCACGACCUGCCCCUGUUCCCUUUCACUUCCUCUUCCGGGUUCACUGCUGUCACAUGACCUGGUGGGGCUGGAUCACAUGGUGCUAUGAUUCUGUGGCAGCCACUGGGAAUGACCUCAGGCUGGGGCUUGGUCCCCGGGCACCUUAUAAAUAGUGGCGGUCACUGUGAGACUCUUUGGACCUGUCUUUGGCUAUGCAGUGUCACUGGUACUAGGGGGCGUCCCAAAAAAUGGACAUGUUUUCUAGUCACCUCAUUCUACACUCACAUGUGUGUACAGAGAUCUCACAGAUCCUCACACAUGCUCACAUGUGCUCUCAUGGACUUGUGGGGUUGAUAGCAAAGCAACUUGGAGGCUGGAACUGGGUGAUUGCAGUGCUGUCAGGCCACAGGCAUCAGGACCAGAGCUGCGGUGGCUGGUACAGGCUCUCAAAGUGAGGAGAGAAGGGGAGGGUGGUUUCCAUGCUGGUUAAAAGCCCAGGGCUUGGAGUCAGGCGGAUGUAAAUUUGAAUCCUGAUUCACCAUUUCCUACUUGUAUUAUCUGGGGGAAGUGAUUUUCCCUACCUCUGAAGUUCAAGGACCUUGUCUGUAAAACAUCCCUUCCUUCCUGGGAUUUUUAUGUAGAUAAAACAAGAUAACAUAUGUAAAGUGCUUAGCAUGGAGUCUGGCAAACAUCCAUCCAUCUGCUCAUUCUUUAAUUUAUCCAUCCAUUCAUCCAUCCAUCCAUCUUUUGAACUCUCCAUUGAACUGUCCAUCUAGCUAUCCUUUAAUUUACUCAUCCAUUAAUUUA